CAGUUCAGGACCAAUUCCCUUGGGGCAAAUCAUGGGAGCAGGUUAGUUCUUACCAUGAUGUGAGAACUGUGCCAAAGAAAGCAGUUCCAGCAUGUGUCUGUGUUGUAUAAACUGUGUUAGUCUGUCUUCUGCAUUGUACACUGUACCUUCCUUGGGUCUUGAUGUCUCCAUAGCUCUUAGUGAUCACUAGGCACCUUGGCAGCCUUCCUGUGAGUCACAAGUGCAUUGCCACAUCAGCUUAGUGCCUGUCAAGCCUUUCUUGUCUUGGAAUUCCAGCUUAAGGUAUGGAUCUGUCUGGUGUCUAUCAUAUUUUGUAUGUUUCUGAGCAGUCAUCCCUCACAGUGGUGAGCCAAGUGGCGCCUUCAGUUCCAUUUCUGUGAGGUUUUUUUUGACACAUCUACCACGCACGCCAGUUGUCCCCAUGUCCAUAACAGUCUUUUGUCUUAAAGCUUGGCUUCUUGCUCAUCCAUCAUUCUGCUUUUGAUGGCUCUCAUCCACAUCUCUGCUGAUGGCCGCAGCAGUCACCACUUUCUGGGGCUGCUGUAGAGCACCUGCACUGUCAUGGCACUGUUGGACCUCUCUGCUGGUGGGUGCCAUAUUCCCUAUGGAAGUCAUUGUUGCUUGUGCGCUUAUCGCAUCUCACAGUCACAGUGCUUGUGUUGAGUGUCUGUGUCAUGGUAGGAGCUGCCCUGCCCAAGGGUGUAGCAAUAUUAAAGACAGGGUAGCACAGCUUCAGGGUGGUGCAGUAGUACAUUGAUCUGUCUAGAUACUUUUGGCAAAGACCGUACGGUUCAUCUAUGGGCUGUAGACAGCGAGCACAGUUAUCUUUGUCUUUUGAGGGUGCCAGGCUCUGGCCUUUAGGGAGCAGUAGUUGAUAUGGUAGUGGAGUGGCUGGAUCUUGAAUGUGCCUUGCCUUUUACAGGUGGGGCUCAGUAUCUGGGUUCUUUUAGCUGUGUUAAUGUAGAGUAAGUUACGACUGGACAAAGUCAAUAUUUGAUAGACCUUUACUUGUCAUGGAUUUGAAAAACAAAAUGUAAAUGAGUGCUCAAGCAUUUCUAAUGAAUUUUUAAAGCCUACAGGCUUUUAGUUAAGGUAAAAACUCUACUCCUUUUAAUUGCCCAUUUGCCUGAUGUAUUCUUUGGUCAAAUCCUGGAAUUUUAUCUUUCAAGGUUUGGGGGAAAAGUUAAAUAAAAAGCCUUACAGAAAAGGCUUUGUGUUGAGUGUGAGGGAAUGGGAGCACUGAUCAGGUUUUAUUUAACUGUAAAGGUUAACCAGUAAUUUUAAAGUAAUUUUUAAAAAUUUCAUUACGGUUUUAUUUGUAAGUGCACUUGUUUUCAUUCAGGAAAACUGUUUAGUAGCUAGAAAGUUGCUAUUUUUCCAUGUUCUCUAGACAAAAUGGAAUAGUCUUUAGAGUUUCUAAUCUCUUACAGACUGAGAUAGCCCGGGAAUUAAUAUGGGUGAUAUUUCAUAGCAGUGUAGAACAUUUCACUUUAGAUUGAAAUCCUGUUAAUAUUAUUGGAGCUCUCUGGUGAAAGUUUGAUCAAUGUAAUUUCCUAAGUCAGCUGUAAUUUCUAAAGAUCUUAUGCAAUUAUAGGUUAAAAAAGGUGUGAGUAUAUGGAGUGUUUCAUAAUUCAGGUGUAUUUAGUGUCAGAGACAAAAUUAUGCCGAGUGAAAAUGUGAAUUGAAAAUUUUAGUGGUGUAUGUUACAUGAUGGUGAUAAACAAAGCAGUGUUGGUGUUCUAAAACAUUCUUACAAGCAGGCGUUUAAAACAAUUACAGAGGUAAACUAGCUUUGUGGUUAUUCCGGGGAUCUUUUUGUACCCAGACUCCUGAGCAGAACACAUUGCUGAAGUGCCUGCUAAAGUCUGAAUAGUGAAGAAUUAAUGCGGGAGAAAUUAUGUUGAAACGCAGUGCUCCUGUUUUAAAGAGCAGAGCAAGCACUUUCCUUGCAUGGCUGUGGCCCUUGCGUAUUUAUAAUGAAACCCGUUGCAGGGCCAGCAGCUCUGCUCUGUCGUUUAUAGCUGCGGCUCGACAGCUUUUACCCGCAGGGCCCGUCUCCGGGCGCGGCGGUCGGGCCCGCGUGCCGCCAUUGCCGGGCGCGGUGCUGAGGGCUCGCACCAUGGCGGGCGCGGGCGGGUGGGCCGCCGCCUCAGCCGCCUCGGGGUCUUACACGGGCCGCGACUCUUCCACGCCGGGCGUGGGCGGGCGGGCCGAGCAGACGCCCCGCUACACCCUGGGGCUUCUGCAGACGCCGCACAGCUCGGAGAGCAUCGGGGGCUCCUCCAGCGGCGGGGCACGGCCGGGCGGCUCCAGCAGGGAAGGCCUCGCAGCCGGCCGGGCCGCCGGGAGCAGCGCGGUGAAGCCGGCGGUGUCCGAACGGGAAGAAUCAUAUUUUGGGGACAAAAGUUCUUGUGUAGAAAAUGCUAACACAUUGAAUCUCACAAGCUCUUCUUCUCUGCGAGGCCUGAAUAGCACAUGUAUAGGAAAAACACCUCUCUCUUCUGGUAGAUCUGGUUGCAGAAGCCAUACCCCUCUUAUGGGACAUUCGGUUACAUCCUCAUCUGCAGUUUCUGCUCAUAGUGUUGCAUCGGUUAUUGUAGCUGUAGUAGAAGGAAGAGGCCUUGCCAGAGGUGAAGUAGGAAUGGCCAGUAUAGAUUUAAAAAAUCCUGAGAUGAUAUUAUCACAAUUUGCAGACAAUACAACCUAUGCCAAGGUUAUUACUAAACUCAAGAUUUUGACACCACUAGAAAUAAUAAUGUCAAACACUGCCUGUGAUGCAGGGAAUACAACAAAACUCUUCAGUCUGAUAACGGAGCAUUUCAAGAAUGUGACUUUUACAACUGUCCAGAGAAAAUACUUCAAUGAAACAAAGGGUUUGGAGUACAUAGAACAACUGUGUGCAUCUGAAUUUAGCACCAUUUUCAUGGAAGUCCAAUCAAAGUACUACUGUCUUGCAGCUGCAGCAGCUUUGCUAAAAUACGUUGAAUUUAUCCAAAACUCGGUUUAUGCUCCUAAAUCACUCAAGGUUCGUUUCCAGGGGAGUGAGAAAACAGCUAUGAUAGAUUCAUCAUCAGCACAAAAUCUUGAACUAGUGAUUAAUAACAGAGAUUCUCGGAAUGGGCACACACUUCUUGGUGUUCUAAAUUACACCAAAACUCCUGGUGGAAGUCGAAGACUUAGAUCCAAUAUCCUGGAACCUCUAGUUGAUGCUGAAACAAUUAACACAAGACUGGACUGUGUUCAGGAACUACUCCAGGAUGAGGAGCUCUUUUUUGGUCUUCAAGCAGUUAUCUCAAAAUUCCUGGAUACAGAACAACUACUUUCAGUUUUGGUACAGAUUCCAAAGCAGGAUACAGUUAAAACUGCUGAAUCAAAAAUAACUAAUUUAAUCUACCUGAAGCAUACCUUAGAACUUGUGGAGCCUCUGAAAGCUGCUUUAAGAAGCUGUAACACACAGCUGUUAAAGGCUUAUUACAAUUCACUUGAAGAUACAAGAUUUGGAAUUAUACUUGAAAAGAUUACAAGUGUAAUUAAUGAUGAUACAAGAUACACAAAAGGAUGUCUGAGUAUGAGGACCCAGAAGUGCUAUGCUGUUAAGCCAAAUAUCAAUGAAUUCCUUGACAUAGCUCGUAGAACAUACACAGAAAUUGUUGAUGACAUAGCAGGUAUGAUAACGCAACUUGCUGAAAAGUACAGACUGCCGAUGAAAACAAGUUUCAGCUCUGCUCGUGGAUUUUUUAUCCAGAUGAAUGCUGAUUGUUCAACAUUACCUAAUGGCCAGCUUCCUUCAGAAUUUACAAAGAUCACGAAAAUGAAAAACACAUAUAGCUUCACUUCAGCAGAUUUAAUAAAAAUGAAUGAAAGAUGUCAGGAAUCCCUGAGAGAAAUAUAUCAUAUGACCUACUUAAUAGUGUGUAAACUACUGAAUGAGAUCUAUGAACACAUUCAUUGUUUAUACAAGCUGUCUGACAUUGUGUCUAUGCUGGAUAUGCUGCUUUCAUUUGCCCACGCCUGCACUCUUUCUGAUUAUGUUCGUCCAGAAUUUACUGAUACUUUAGCAAUCAAGCAGGGAUGGCAUCCCAUUCUUGAAAAGAUAGCUGUGGAAAAACCUGUGUCUAACAACACGUACCUGACAGAGGGCAACAAUUUUGUCAUUAUUACAGGACCAAAUAUGAGUGGAAAAUCAACAUACCUGAAACAAAUUGCUCUCUGUCAAAUUAUGGCACAAAUUGGUUCUUAUGUCCCAGCAGAGUAUUGUUCUUUUCGAAUCGCAGAGCAGAUUUUUACCAGAAUAGGUAUGGAUGAUGAUAUUGAAACAAAUGCAUCAACAUUCAUGAAGGAAAUGAAAGAGAUAACGUACAUCAUACAAAAUGCUAAUGAUAAAUCACUCAUAAUUAUUGAUGAACUUGGCAGAGGUACCAGUGCCGAAGAAGGUAUUGGAAUUUGUUAUGCUGCCUGUGAAUAUCUGUUGAACUUAAAGGCAUUUACACUGUUUGCUACACAUUUCCUGGAACUAUGUCAUAUAGAUGCUUUAUAUCCCAAUGUGGAAAACUACCAUUUUGAAGUGCAACAUGUGAGAAGCAGUGCUGGAAAUAAGGAAAAAAUUGCUUACACUUACACACUUUCUAAAGGAUACACAGAGGAAAAGAACUACGGACUAAAAGCUGCAGAAAUGUCUUCCCUACCAUCGUCCAUAAUUUUGGAUGCAAAGGAAAUCACAUGUCACAUUGCAAAACAAAUUUUGAACAGCACAGGCAGAAGAGCACUCCUGAGAUGAUGAAACAGAGAGCUGCAUACCAGUUAGCAAUGAGAUUGGUUCAGACUGCCAGAAAUUCUCGACUGGACCCUGACAGUUUGCGUGUAUAUUUGAAAGCCCUGAAGAAAAAGUAUGAAGCCAGUUGUCCCACACCAAGAAAAAAUGAUGAGCAACAGUAACAUAUAACAUAGGCUGUUCUAAUUUUUAUGACUGCAAGAUGGUUCUGGGUUUUCCCACAGUAUUAGUAAUGUCUUUUCACAUUUUAAUUAUUAGUCUAAAUUACACUAAAGUAAUAGAAAGCCAUAUCCUUUAUGGGUUCCCCCCACCCCAACAUACCUGGAAUAAAAACAUCUGUCUUCUA